GGUCCGGACUGCACCCCUUUCUGGAAGGGGUAUGGAGGGCUAGAUUCCAGAGGGUGUCACCUCCCGUCGCCCCGACCUCGCCAUGCGGACCCCGCGAGUGCCCCCUCCCCUCCUGGCUCUAUUGCUCCUGCUGCUGCUACUGGGGGGAGCCCACGGACUUUUCCCGGAGGAGCCGCCACCGCUUAGCGUGGCCCCCAGGGACUACCUGAACCACUAUCCCGUGUUCGUGGGCAGUGGGCCAGGACGCCUGACCCCGGCAGAGGGCACCGAGGACCUCAACAUCCAGCGGAUCCUGCGGGUCAACAGGACGCUGUUCAUUGGGGACAGGGACAACCUGUACCGGGUAGAACUGGAACCUCCCACCUCCAUGGAGCUUCGGUACCAGAGGAAGCUUACCUGGCGCUCCAACCCCAGCGACAUCAACGUGUGUCGGAUGAAGGGCAAGCAGGAGGGCGAGUGUCGAAACUUUGUUAAGGUGCUGCUACUUCGGGAUGAAUCCACCCUCUUUGUGUGUGGUUCCAAUGCCUUCAACCCUGUGUGCGCCAACUACAGUAUAGACACACUACAGCCUCUGGGGGACAACAUCAGUGGCAUGGCCCGCUGUCCAUAUGACCCCAAACAUGCCAACGUCGCCCUCUUCUCUGAAGGAAUGCUCUUCACAGCUACCGUCACCGACUUCCUAGCUAUUGACGCUGUCAUCUACCGCAGCCUUGGAGACCGGCCCACACUGCGCACCGUAAAACACGACUCCAAGUGGUUUAAAGAGCCCUACUUUGUGCAUGCAGUGGAGUGGGGCAGCCACAUCUACUUCUUCUUCCGGGAGAUCGCGAUGGAAUUUAACUACCUGGAGAAGGUGGUGGUGUCCCGCGUGGCCCGGGUGUGCAAGAAUGAUGUGGGGGGCUCCCCUCGCGUGCUGGAGAAGCAGUGGACAUCCUUCCUGAAGGCGCGGCUCAACUGCUCUGUGCCUGGGGACUCCCACUUCUACUUCAAUGUGCUGCAGGCUGUCACGGGGGUAGUCAGCCUGGGGGGCCGGCCCAUGGUCCUGGCCAUUUUCUCCACCCCUAGCAACAGCAUCCCUGGCUCCGCAGUCUGCGCCUUUGACAUGACACAGGUGGCUGCCGUGUUUGAAGGCCGCUUCCGUGAGCAGAAGUCCCCUGAGUCCAUUUGGACACCUGUGCCAGAGGAUCAGGUGCCACGGCCCCGGCCUGGGUGCUGUGCAGCUCCCGGCAUGCAGUACAACGCCUCUAGCGCCUUCCCUGAUGAGAUCCUCAGCUUUGUCAAGACCCACCCCCUGAUGGACGAGGCAGUGCCCUCACUGGGCCAUGCGCCCUGGAUAGUGCGGACUCUGACACGGCACCAGCUGACUCGAGUGGCUGUGGAUGUGGGCGCCGGCCCCUGGGGCAACCAGACUGUCGUCUUCCUGGGCUCUGAGGCAGGCACCAUCCUCAAGUUCCUCGUCUGGCCCAACGCCAGUGCCUUGGGCACCUCUGGGCCCAGUGUCUUCCUUGAGGAGUUCGAGACCUACCGGCCAGACAGGUGUGGACGGUCUGGUGGCAGUGAAACAGGGCAACGGCUGCUGAGCCUGGAGUUGGAUGUGACCUCAGGAGGCCUGCUGGCAGCCUUCCCCCACUGUGUGGUCCGUGUGCCUGUGGCCCGCUGCCAGCAGUACUCAGGGUGCAUGAAGAACUGCAUUGGCAGUCAGGACCCCUACUGCGGGUGGGCCCCUGAUGGUUCCUGUAUCUUCCUCAGCCCUGGCACCAGGGCCACCUUUGAGCAGGACGUGUCCGGGGCUAGCACCUCAGGCUUAGGGGACUGCACAGGACUCCUGCGGGCCAGCCUCUCGGAGGAACGCGCCGGGCUGGUAUCAGUGAACCUACUGGUGACAUCGUCAGUGGCAGCUUUUGUGGUGGGUGCUGUGGUGUCGGGCUUCAGCGUGGGCUGGUACGUGGGCCUCCGUGAGCGGCGAGAGCUGGCCCGCCGCAAGGACAAGGAGGCCAUCCUGGGCCACGGGGGCAGCGAGGCCGUGCUGAGCGUGAGCCGGCUGGGCGAGCGCCGGGCAGGUGGCCCUGGCGGCCGGGGCGGGGGUGGUGGUGGAGCUGGGGGACCCCCUGAGGCCCUGCUGGCCCCCUUAAUGCAGAAUGGGUGGGCCAAGGCCACACUGCUGCAGGGUGGCCCCCAUGACCUGGACUCAGGGCUGCUACCCACGCCGGAGCAGACGCCACUGCCCCAGAAGCGCCUGCCCACCCCGCACCCCCACACUCUGGGUCCCCGCGCCUGGGAGCACAGCCACCCCCUGCUCCCCGCCUCGGCCUCCUCCUCCCUGCUGCUGCUGGCCCCCGCCAGGCCCCCGGAGCAGCUGCCCGCGCCCGGCCGGGCCUCCCACGGCGACUUCCCGCUCACGCCCCACGCCAGCCCGGACCGCCGGCGGGUGGUGUCAGCGCCCACGGGCCCCUUGGACCCAAACACAGCCUCUGACAGCCUCCCGCGGCCCUGGAGCCCCCCGCCCACGGGCAGCCUUCGGAGGCCCGGCCCGCACGCGCCAGCGGCCGCCGCCCUGCGCCGCACGCACACGUUCAACAGCGGCGAGGGCCGGCCGGGCGAGCACCACCGCGGCCGCCACAGCCGGCCCAGCACGGACUUGGCCCACCUCCUCGCUUAUGGCGGGACAGACAGGACUGCACCCCCUGUGCCCUAGGCUGGGGUCCCCAGAUGCCUCGGCUGCGCCAGCCACCGGAACAGGAGCGAAAGAUCCGGCUUAACUCCGAGUGGGUGCUCAAGACCCCCACCCCGGUGCACGGGAGGAGGGCCUCCCCACACGGAAGCACAACGGCUCGGCCUCCCACCUGACCGGCCGCGGGACAGGAGGCGGUUUUGGGGGGGCGGGAGGAUGUGCUAUGGAUUUGAGGUUGACCUUCUGUGCGUGGGUUUGGGUUUGUUUCCAAUUUACGAUUUUUUUUUUUUUUUUUUGCAGUUUUCUACCCAAUUGCACAACUCCGUUCUUGGGGUGGUGGCUGAGGGCUUGGAGGUGGUGGGAUGAGGAGGGGGCCACAGCUGCAGACCCAAGUGCCCCCCCUCCAGGUCCCUCCUUGACCUAGGCUCCUGGCGUGUGUGAGUGUGUGUGUGUGUGCAUGCAAUGUUCGUGUGCAAGGGGCCGGGAAGGAGAGGGAGGUGUGCGUGUGGAUGCCCACAAGGGCUGCUGCCUGCGUGUGCCGGGGGGUGGGCACUCAUGCAGGGUGCGUGUCUGUGUGUGAGUGCGGCAGCCCCAGCGGCCUGGGCGUUGGCUGAGCCAACACAGGGGCUUCCAGAAGGCCAGGGGGGCCUACAAGGUGCCGGUUAGGAAUUUGAGGGGAGACAGAUAGGAGGCUUCAGGGAGAGGGGCUAAGAGGGCCUGCCCAUAAGUCACACUGGCAACAGCUUUGUAAAAGCCUGGGAGACAGCAAAGGUGGGUGGGCCCCCCUGUAAAUAUGGCCCUAGGGUGGUCAGAGGGUCCCACACCACCUGUCCCCUUGUGACCGUCCCUUUGAUCUCCAGCUGACCAUGCAUGCCAGCUGAGUGGCCAGCUGAGACCUGGACCCUCUCUGGAAUUUGCCUCCCCAAACCCCUCCCCAUCAAUAAAACUGUUUACAACC